AAGUAAAGGACAAGAGAGGCGGAGGUAGAAAAGAGCCAAAGAGCAGAGGGACUAUCUCUUUCUUUUCCUUUACGCCACCACUACGACUGAAAUCCACCCCUUUGCCCCACCGGGACUGUGCGUGGGUCGGGAGCUCCGGGACCUUGGUGCAGCGCAUACACACAGUAACAGCAGUGCCGCUGCGCGUCCUGACCGAGCGGACCAGAGACACGCGCACUUAAAUCAACACGCAGAGGAGCUGAGGAAGGGAGUGAGUGAAGUGAAUAUCGAGCAGACUCCACCCAGAGACCAUAAAAAUGAGCGGUUCCCACCCCCGGCUCCACCAGAGCGCCGCGCCCGCUCCCAACGCUCUCUCCACGGACAAGGACGUAGAAAUGCCCGCCACGGAGAAGGACCUGGCCGAGGAUGCCCCGUGGAAGAAGAUCCAGCAGAACACCUUCACGCGCUGGUGUAACGAGCACCUAAAAUGCGUCAACAAGCGGAUCGGCAACUUGCAAACGGACCUCAGCGACGGGCUGCGGCUCAUCGGACUCCUGGAGGUCCUGUCCCAGAAGAAAAUGUUCAGAAAGUACAACCAGAGGCCCACCUUCCGCCAGAUGCAGCUGGAGAACGUGUCCGUGGCCUUGGAGUUCCUGGACAAGGAGAACAUCAAACUGGUGUCUAUAGACUCUAAAGCCAUUGUUGAUGGGAACCUGAAGCUGAUCUUGGGUCUGAUCUGGACUUUGAUUCUGCACUACUCCAUCUCCAUGCCGAUGUGGGAUGAGGAAGAAGAGGCUGACGAUGGCAAGCAAAAGACUCCCAAGCAGAGACUGCUGGGAUGGAUCCAGAACAAACUGCCAGAGCUCCCCAUCACCAACUUCAACAAGGACUGGCAGACUGGUCGGGCUCUGGGUGCCCUGGUGGACAGCUGUGCUCCAGGUCUGUGUCCUGACUGGGACCAGUGGGAUCAGACCAAACCAGUGGACAACGCCCGUGAAGCGAUGCAGCAGGCGGAUGAUUGGCUGGGCAUCCCUCAGGUGAUAACCCCAGAAGAGAUUGUCGACCCCAAUGUGGACGAACAUUCAGUCAUGACCUACCUGUCCCAGUUCCCCAAGGCCAAACUGAAGCCUGGUGCACCUCUCCGACCUAAACUGAACCCCAAGAAGGCUCGUGCCUACGGGCCAGGCAUUGAGCCAGUUGGUAAUGUUGUGAUGAAGAAGGCUGUGUUCACGGUUGAGACCAUUAGUGCUGGGAUGGGAGAGGUGCUGGUUUAUGUGGAGGACCCUGCAGGACACAGAGAGGAGGCUAAAGUGACGGCAAACAAUGACAAGAAUCGCACCUACUCUGUUUUCUAUAUUCCCAAAGUGACAGGCAUGCACAAGGUGACUGUGUUGUUUGCUGGACAGCACAUCUCUAAGAGCCCCUUCGAGGUGGAGAUCGGCAUGGCUCAGGGAGACUCCAGUAAGGCCACCGCCCAGGGACCAGGUCUGGAGCCCUCAGGAAACAUUGCCAAUAAGAUCACCUACUUUGAGGUCUACACAGCAGGUGCUGGAGUUGGCGAGGUGGAGGUGGUGAUCAUGGACCCUGCUGGCAAGAAGAACACGGUGACUUGCACCAUCGAGGACAAAGGCAACAGUAGCUACCGCUGCACCUAUAAACCCACUCAGGAGGGCCAGCACACCAUCUUUGUCACCUUCGCUGGCGGUCAGAUCAGCAAGAGUCCCUUCACAGUAAACGUGGGAGAGGCGUGUAAUCCAAGCCUCUGCAGAGCGAAGGGUCGUGGUCUGCAGCCAAAGGGCCUGAGGGUGAAGGAGACCGCCGACUUUAAGGUUUACACCAAAGGAGCUGGCACCGGAGAGCUCAAAGUCACCAUCAAGGGCCCCAAGGGACUGGAAGAGCCAUGCAAACAGAAAGAUCUUGGUGACGGUGUGUAUGCAUUUGACUAUUACCCGACCACACCUGGAACAUACAGCAUCACCAUCACCUGGGGAGGACAGCACAUCCCUCGCAGUCCCAUUGAGGUGAAGAUUGGUGCUGAGGCCGGCCAGCAGAAGGUGAGGGCCUGGGGUCCAGGGCUGGAAGGAGGUGUCGUUGGCAAAUCUGCUGACUUUGUGGUGGAGGCUGUUGGAGACAAUGUCGGUACACUGGGUUUCUCUGUGGAAGGUCCGUCUCAGGCCAAGAUUGAAUGUGAUGACAAGGGCGAUGGAUCCUGUGAUGUGCGCUACUGGCCCACAGAGCCUGGGGAGUAUGCUGUUCAUGUGCUCUGCAACAACGAGGACAUCCAGCACUCUCCCUUCAUGGCUGAGAUCGUCAACGCACCAGGCAAAGACUUCUAUCCUGACAAGGUUAAGGCCUACGGUCCAGGUCUUCAGAGCAGUGGUCUGGCUGUUGGGAAACCCACAGAGUUCACAGUUGAUGCCAAGCAAGGAGGACAAGCUCCUCUGAAGAUCGUGGCUCAGGAUGGAGAAGGCAAUCCUGUGGAUGUGCAGGUUAAGGAUAAUGGCAACGGCACAUACACCUGUACUUACACCCCACGUAAACCUCUAAAACACACCGUCAUGGUGUCCUGGGGAGGAGUCAACAUCCCGGAGAGUCCAUUCAGAAUGAAUGUUGGAGCAGGCUGCCAUCCAAACAAGGUGAAGGUAUCUGGACCCGGAGUGUCCAAGACGGGCCUGAAGGCCUUCGAGCCAACGUACUUCACUGUUGACUGCGCCGAAGCUGGUCAAGGUGACAUCAGCAUAGGAAUCAAGUGCGCCCCUGGCGUGGUGGGACCUGCAGAGGCCGAUAUUGACUUCGACAUUAUCAGGAACGAUAACGACACCUUUACUGUUAAAUACACUCCUCCUGGAGCAGGCAGCUACACCAUCAUGGUGCUCUUUGCUGACCAGGCCAUUCCAAUGACUCCCAUCAGGAUCAAAGUGGAUCCUUCUCAUGAUGCCAGUAAAGUCAAAGCUGAGGGACCAGGGCUCAGCCGCAGUGGGGUAGAGUUCCAGAAGCCCACUCACUUCACCGUGAGCACUAAAGGAGCAGGAAAGGCCAACCUGGACUGCAGCUUCAGCGGCCCGAGCAAAGGAGAAGCCGUCAAGGACUUUGAAAUCAUCAACAACCAUGACAACACUCACACUGUGAAAUACACACCUGUGCAGCAGGGUCCUCUGGGAGUGGCUGUGACCUACGGUGGAGAUAACAUCCCCAAGAGCCCCUUCAGCGUUGCCGUGGCACCCACACUGGACCUCAGCAAGAUCAACGUCACAGGCCUUGGAGACAAAAUGACUGUUGGGAAAGACCAGGAAGUGACCAUCAAAUCGAAGGGUGCUGGUGGUCAGGGGAAGGUGGCUGCCAAGGUGACCGGGCCGUCAGGGAAGCCGCUCACCAGCAAGGUUGAGCCAGGGCUGAGCCCAGAGACCAGUCAGGUGAAGUUCAUCCCCCGUGAGCCGGGGCCAUACCAGGUGGAACUGACCUACGAUGGAGUGCCAAUCCCCGGAUCACCUUUCACCCCCACAGCUUAUCCUGCUACAGACCCCUCCAAGGUGCGCUGCUCUGGCCCAGGCUUGGAGCGUGCCAAGGUUGGAGAAACAGGGGAGUUUGUUGUGGACUGUACCAACGCUGGUCCAGCUGAACUGACCAUUGAGAUCAUCUCUGACAGCGGGACUGAGGCAGAAGUCCACAUCCAGGAUAACGGAGACGGGACCUACACCAUCACCUACAUCCCCCUUUAUCCCGGCUCCUACACGCUUACCAUCCGCUACGGUGGCCAGGAUGUGCCCAACUUCCCUGCUCGGCUUAACGUGGAGCCCGCGGUCGACACCAGCGGAGUCCAUGUAUUCGGACCAGGCGUUGAGGGGAAAGGAGUGUUCCGUGAAGCAACCACAGACUUCACCGUGGAUGCUCGAGCUCUCACGCAGACCGGAGGCAACCACGUCAAAGCCCUCAUCAGCAACCCGUCCGGAAGCCGCACAGAAUCCCUGGUCACCGACCGAGGAGAUGGAACCUACAACGUGGAGUACACGCCCUAUGAGGAGGGACCACACAGCGUGGAGGUUUGCUACGACGGCUCUCCAGUCCCCAAGAGUCCGUUCCGCGUCGCAGUCACUGAAGGAUGUGAUCCAGCUCGCGUCCGUGUACAUGGUCCUGGACUGAAAGGUGGCAUCACCAACAAACCCAACAAGUUCAUGGUGGAAACCCGUGGAGCAGGCACCGGCGGUCUUGGUCUGGCCAUGGAAGGUCCAUCAGAGGCCAAAAUGUCCUGCACUGAUAACAAAGAUGGCAGCUGCAGCGUGGAGUACGUCCCAUAUGAGCCCGGCACUUAUAACCUCAACAUCACCUACGGAGGACAGCCCAUCGCAGGUAGUCCAUUCUCAGUGCCAGUCAGUGACACAGUGGACAGUACCAAGGUGAAGUGCCAGGGUCCUGGUCUGGGCAGCAACGUUAGAGCCAACAUCCCACAGGCUUUCACCGUGGACGCCUCCAAAGCUGGAGUGGCGCCACUGCAGGUCCGCGUACAAGGACCCAAAGGAGUUGUGGAGCCAGUGGAAGUGGUGGAUAAUGGAGACCAGACUCACACAGUCAACUAUGUUCCCACCAGAGAGGGACCCUACUCUAUUAAUGUUUUAUACGCUGAUGAGGAGAUCCCACGCAGCCCUUACAAGGUGAAGGUCCUCCCCACCCACGAUGCCAGCAAAGUGCGUGCAAGUGGACCGGGCCUCAACACCACGGGUGUGCCUGCUUCUCUGCCUGUUGAGUUCACCAUUGAUGCCAAGGAUGCUGGGGAGGGGCUGCUGGCAGUGCAGAUCACUGACCCAGAGGGGAAGCCUAAGAAGGCCAACAUCCGUGACAACCACGAUGGGACCUACCUGGUGUCUUAUGUGCCAGACAUGACUGGCAGAUACACUAUCCUUAUCAAGUAUGGAGGGGAUGAGAUACCGUAUUCACCGUACCGUAUCAGAGCUCUGCCCACUGGAGACGCCAGCAAGUGCACCGUCACAGUCUCAAUCGGCGGUCAUGGUUUAGGCGCUGGUGUUGGCCCGACUAUCCAGAUUGGUGAACAGACAGUAAUUACAGUGGACGCCAAGGCUGCUGGGAAAGGCAAGGUGACAUGCAGUGUGUGCACGCCUGAGGGGGCGGAGCUUGACGUGGACGUGGUUGAGAAUGAGGAUGGGACGUUCGACAUCUUCUACACGGCGCCACAGCCUGGCGAGUACGUGAUCUGCGUUCGCUUUGGAGGAGAGCACAUUCCCAACAGUCCGUUCCAAGUCACGGCACUGGAAGGAGCUCCAUCAGACCAGCUCAUGCAGCAGAGCCAAAUGCCUCAGUACUACACUCCACAGGCCUGGGCAACAGACAGACCAAUGGGAAUGAAUGGUCUGGAUGUGGAAGGACUGCGACCUUUUGACCUGGUCAUCCCAUUCACCAUCCAGAAGGGAGAAAUCACCGGUGAGGUCCGAAUGCCAUCAGGCAAGGUGGCAAAGCCUGACAUCACCGACAACAAAGACGCCACUGUCACUGUCAAGUACGCCCCCACGGAGGCCGGCCUGCAUGAGAUGGAUAUCAAAUACGAUGGAAUCCACAUCCCUGGAAGUCCCCUUCAGUUCUACGUGGAUUACAUGAACAGUGGUAAUGUCAGUGCCUACGGCCCGGGCCUCAUCCAUGGCACCGUCAACAAGCCAGCGGUCUUCACCGUUAACACUAAAGAUGCUGGAGAGGGUGGUCUCUCUCUUGCCAUUGAGGGUCCUUCCAAGGCAGACAUCAGCUGCGUGGACAACCAGGAUGGGACCUGCACUGUGUCCUACCUGCCAGUUCUGCCAGGAGACUACAGCAUCCUGGUCAAAUACAAUGACAAGCACAUCCCAGGCAGCCCCUUCUCAGCCAGGAUCACUGGUGAUGACUCUAUGAGGAUGUCACAUCUGAAGGUAGGCUCAGCUGCAGAUAUCCCUCUGGACAUCGGAGAGCUUGACCUUAGUCAGCUGACUGCCUCCCUCACCACACCCUCAGGCCGUGAGGAGCCCUGCUUGCUGAAGAUGCUGCGUAAUGGACAUGUUGGCAUCUCUUUUGUUCCUAAGGAGAUCGGUGAGCACCUCGUCAACAUCAAGAAGAAUGGUCGUCAUAUUCCCAGCAGCCCCAUUGCUGUGAUGAUCAGCCAAUCAGAAAUUGGCGAUGCCAGCCGUGUGCGAGUCAGUGGGCAGGGUCUGAGUGAGGCCAGGACCUUCGAGCCUGCGGAGUUCAUCAUCGACACUCGGGAUGCAGGAUAUGGUGGCCUGAGCCUGUCUAUCGAGGGACCCAGUAAAGUAGACAUCAACACUGAGGACCAAGAGGACGGCACCUGUAAGGUCACCUACUGCCCCACUGAACCAGGAAAUUACAUCAUCAACAUCAAAUUUGCUGACCAACAUGUGCCAGGGAGUGCAUUCACAGUGAAGGUCACCGGCGAGGGCAGGAUGAAGGAGAGCAUCACCAGGAAGAAGAGGGCUGCGUCAGUGGCCAACGUUGGCAGCCAGUGCGACCUCAGCCUGAAGAUCCCAGAGAUCAGCAUAGCAGACAUGACAGCUCAGGUGACCAGUCCAUCGGGCCAGAUUCACAAAGCUGACAUCAUGGAGGGAGAGAACAACACCUACUGCAUCCGUUUUGUACCCACUGAGACUGGUGUGCACACUGUGUGUGUGAAAUACAAUGGCAUGCAUGUGCCUGGCAGCCCAUUUCAGUUCACUGUUGGGCCCCUGGGUGAGGGUGGGGCUCAUAAGGUUCGCGCUGGAGGGCCAGGCUUGGAGAGAGCAGAGGCUGGAGUACCAGCUGAGUUCAGUAUUUGGACGAGGGAGGCUGGAGCUGGAGGUCUCAGUAUCGCUGUGGAGGGGCCGAGCAAGGCUGAGAUUGCCUUCGAGGACCGGAAGGAUGGCUCCAGUGGAGUGUCCUACAUUGUGCAGGAGCCUGGUGACUACGAGGUUUCAAUCCGUUUCAACGAUGAGCACAUCCCUGACAGCCCCUUCAUCGUGCCCGUGGCCUCGCCAUCAGAUGACGCUCGCCGCCUCACUGUUGCCAGUCUUCAGGAGUCGGGUUUGAAGGUGAACCAGCCGGCAUCGUUCGCAGUCAGCCUGAACGGUGCCAAGGGUGUGAUCGACGCCAAGGUCCACAGUCCAUCUGGAGCACUCGAGGAGUGCUGCGUCACAGAGAUUGACCAAGAUAAGUAUGCAGUCCGGUUCAUCCCCAGAGAGAAUGGCCUUUAUCUGAUCGAUGUGAAGUUCAACGGAAGUCACAUCCCUGGUAGUCCAUUCAAGAUCCGUGUUGGAGAGACAGGCCAGGCCGGAGACCCAGGAAUGGUGUCUGCCUAUGGACCAGGACUGGAGGGAGGCACCACAGGAACUGCGUGUGAAUUUGUGGUGAACACGAGCACGGCUGGCCCUGGAGCUUUAGCUGUGACCAUCGAUGGUCCUUCCAAGGUGAAGAUGGACUGUGUAGAGUGCCCCGAGGGUUAUAGAGUCACAUACACCCCAAUGGCCCCUGGCAACUAUCUUAUCUCCAUCAAAUAUGGUGGUCCUUACCACAUUGUUGGAAGUCCCUUCAAGGUCAAGAUCACAGGUUCAAAGCUGGUGUCCAGCCAUAGUAUGCAUGAAACUUCUUCUGUCAUGGUAGACCCCGUGACGCGUGCCAUCAGCUGCUCUCAGCAGGGCGCGCCCAUCCAUUCAGACGCCAGCAAGGUGGUGGCUAAAGGCCCAGGCCUGAGCAAAGGCUUCAUCGGUCAGAAGAACAACUUCUGUGUUGACUGCAGCAAAGCAGGUCGUAACAUGCUCCUCGUUGGUGUGGAUGGUCCCAAGGUCCCGUGCGAGGAGAUCCUAGUGAAACAUCUGGGUAACCGUGUGUACAACGUCAGCUACCAGCUCAAAGAGAAGGGAGAAUACAUCCUGGUGGUGAAGUGGGGAGACGAGCACAUCCCCGGCAGCCCCUACCACAUCACCGUCUAAAGAUGCAGCAAUGCCUCGACCAGAAACCUGUACCACUGUUACAACUGCUACCCUGUCUCCAAGCUAACCAAUAGCUGUUUACAGCUCCAACACCCUCCCCACAUACAAAUUUAGAUUUCCCUUUUGAUUAUUUAAAGCUCAUGUUAGAUCUUUUGUUUUUUUAGAAAUCAUCUCCGCUGUAAUCCAGUCCAGAGGAAUGUAGUGAAUGUUCCUCUCUGCAGUCGUUCAGUCCAUUUCUUCUUUCUCUCAUUCAGUAAACUUAGGGAGGAAAGACUUGCACCUUUUUUUUUAUUACUGUAAACUAGCCGUCGGUUGUUCCUGACCUGUAUGUGGACAUUAGUGGAUUAGUCUAAACUAGUGCAGAAUGUCAGUAGCAGACGUCCCCCCUGCUUUAGAUGGAAGGUUACGUUUACACUGGAGGAGCUCUUACAUAUGAUUAAUAAUGGAUCUAUGAACUUGUGUAUGAACAAUCACAGGACUCGGAUCAAAAAGUGUCAGGAGUAAUGUGCCUUCCUCAUGUUUGGGCCUUUUAUGUAAUGUUGACUUGCUUCGAUGUCAGACCUUUAGCUGUCGGUAUAAAGGUCAGCUUGACUGUUACUUGUGCAGGAGUAGCCUUGUUUAGCCAGUAAAUGCUCAGCACGGCCUGAUUUUUACCUAACCCAGUUUAACCUGCUGCUAGUGUGAUCCAGUUGUAGCCACUGCUGUUCUUAGUUGUAGGAAAAUCCUCACAAUUCAAAGGUUAUGUGAACAAAUAGGAGGAAGAAACGGCUUUGAUUUGCUCUCUCAGCACUGCCACUGAGAGAUGCUGCUUUCUGUGUAUUAAGAUUUGAAACCUGCAUGUGCUCCACAUGUGCUUUGGUUGUGAAAGUCCUUCAGAUGCAGAGCGGCUUCCACCAGCAUGACGCGCAGCGUUCGCGUGGAGGAAGUUUCUCUGAUCAGUGAAAAGGUUUAAAAAGGGAAGUUUCCAAUCUUGUGCUGGACAGAGGAGUUAGAGUCGGAGGUGAUGUUGUGGUUUGCCAUGUCCUUCAAGCACCAUGACCAAAAAUACGAGAAUGUGUUGCUUUUUCUGCUCAGUGGUUUUUCCAUCUCACCGCGGCCUCCCCCUCCCCUCAUCCUUCCUGUUUGCAUUCUGCCUACAUGUCAGAACAAAAAAAUCUUGUUCGAAACAAAAAGGCUUUAAAAGUGAUUGUAAGACAGUAUUUUGAUACACAAUAAAAUAUUUUUCUGUCUGUCUA